AUGGGAGUCAAACAUUUGAGAGUAUUGGGAGACUCAAACCUAGUUGUCUGCCAGGCCAAGGGAAACCUUUCCUUAAAAGAGCUCAGCCUAGCCCCAUACAGAGCAAUGGCCCAGAGGAUGGAAGGAAAAUUCUCAACUUUCGAAAUAGAGCAUGCUCCAAGGAACGAAAACCGAUUUGCGGACGCAUUGGCCGCACUGGGGUCGCAAAUAGUUUUCAAAGGGGAUAGCACCAGGAUAGAAGUCAGUAAAAGGGAAGAAUCCAUCAUUGAGGUGUUGAAGGAAAGGUUCCGGGAGGAACAGUGCGAAGAGGAUUGGCAGAUCCCCAUAAGGGAAGUCUUAAUAAAGGGAGAAGACGCCGCAGAAUUAAAAAUACUAAAAGACUACGCCUUGGUAAGAGAGGAGUUGUACCGCAAGAUGCCAGGUGGGGUCUUGUCCAGAUGCGUGAGGCAGGAGGAGGCCUAG